AGGACUCAGUUUCUCUCUCUCGCAUGAAAAGUAUCUCAUUACUAUAUAUUGCAUGCAAAACGGUACUCACAAGCAACACUCUCCUUUCUUCUUCAACUGUUCCUUCCCACCUCUCCCAAUUUCUCGCCCUAAUCCCCUUUCUUCUCCACUUUUCUUGCAAUUACUUAUUUGGUAACAACAAAUAAAAAUCCCUGAUUCUUUAUCUAUCUUUAAACCCCUUUCUCUAAACCCUUAUUGUUUCUUCCUAUUUUAUUGGUUUAUUUCCAAUGCCGCCUCAAGGAUGAUAACGAGUCUUCUUCUUUGUCGUCUAAACAAUCCUCCUGCAUGUCUCCGAUCCAAAACCCUCCUCAAACCCUAGAAGACGUGUUUGCUCGUUUAUGCGUCUUCGGUUCUCCUUUCAAUGACCCACCUUUUAAUUUCGUGGCCAAUGGGUCUUCUGGCAUCACCGGUGCCUCAAAGAUUUCAUCUUGUAACGGUUGGGGAAGUGGGGUAAUUCCCACCCCUCAAAGUUCCAAUCUUUGUAACCCUUACGAUGAUGGGUUUCUCCAUUGCGAUCCUUUGGCGAGGCAAAGAGAAAACCCCGCAUUGAGACGCCUCCGUUGGUUCAGUGAUAUGCGUGGGAUGGUUCUGUUGCUGGCUAAGGAUCAUCACGAGAGUAGGACUUUGCAGGAGACUUUGAAAAUGUUGACGAGAGAGGAGUUUUCUAUCAUCUUUUUGGAGCUCAUAAGUCACGUGCCCGAGUUGAUGGUUGACUCCUUUGGGAACUAUGUUGUUCAGAGGAUGGUGGAAAUUUGCAGUGAGGAGCAGCUGAAUCAGAUCGUUUUAAGUGUCACUCAGUAUAACUUUCAGUUAGUCAAAAUAUGUCUUAUUUCUCAUGGAAUCCGUGCGGUUGAGAAAUUAUUGGAGCAUCUUACCACCCAGGAGCAACGAAGUCGUGUUAUAUCAGCUCUUAGCCCCGGUGCUGCUGUGUUGGCUAAGGAUGUGAAUGGUCAUCGUGCGCUUCUGCAUUGUCUAAAACAUUUUUCUUGUGAAGACAAUAAGCAUCUUCUCAAUAUGGUAGCAAUGAAGUGCUUUUGGAUCGCAAUAGAUAAGACUGGGUGUUGUGUGCUGCAGCAGUGCCUUAACAAUGCACAAGGAGGAACAAAAAAGAAUAUGAUUGAUGCUAUCUUAUUUAAUGCUUCAGUUCUAGCAGAAGACCGAUACGGCAAUUAUGUUGUGCAACAUUUAUUGUCCCUGAAAAUACCAGGACUUGCAGAAAGACUACUGAGACAGCUUGAAGGAAAAUUUUUCUAUCUUUCAUGCAACAAAUAUGGGAGUAAUGUAGUGGAGAAGUUCUUUCUAGACUCAGGUGGACUGUGUUCAGCAUUUAUUAUUUUUGAGCUGCUACAUAAUCCAAAUGUUCGAAUGCUGCUUGUGGAUCCUUAUGGAAAUUAUGUCAUCAAAUCAGCACUGUUGGUGUCUAAGGGUGGUGUUCGGAAUGCCUUGGAGCGACUGAUCAAACUAAAUUCCAUGAUAAUGCAGAGCAACAUGUAUGGCAAAAAGUUACUUGCUUGGUUUCACAGGAGCAAAAAUAUAAACAUGGAUUACAGUGACUUUGUAUAGCUCAAAAGAUCAUUCAUACUACUAAGGAGUUACAUCCAUUGUCUCUGUUUAUUAUUAACGUGGUAACAUUUAUGUUUUAAGUUGUGUUUGUAGUUUAUUUAGUCUUUUCCAAUUUUUUGUCACAUGGAUGGAUUUGCUACCGAAAACUAUUCAGAUUGGACUGCAGAGGACAAUGCUCUGCUGUAUAGUAGAUGAAACAAGGGCCGAAGUAGGUGAAACAAACUGUUAUCUUCUAUAAAUGUAUUGUUCUGUUCAUUAUUCCUCUCAUGUAUUACAUGUUCAAUAAAUGAAUCAUGAGGAUAAACUUGCCUGGGAAAAUAUUGCAGUAACUCCUGUUACAUAUCUUAAAAAAAAAUAGCUGAUUAAUAUGCAUGAUUUAUGCUUGCAAUA